AUGGCUGCUUCUGGUACAGUCGCAAAGGACCAAGAGAUCGAGUUUAACGCCUUGUCCGGCAGUCUUAGCAUGAUGUCCAAAGUGCUUAACGACGUCCUCGACUUCAACCGUAUGGAUAGUGGCAAGUUUGAAUCGGCUUCGCGGCCCUAUGCCUUCCAUCAAGUUAUGCGUUCCUUGUUUAUCCCCUUGCAAUUGGCCACAAAUGCUAGGGGCCUGGAAUUCGAAACCGACCUUGACCCCAACAUUGAUCGGCUGGCCCGCGCCCUCGCCUACGAGGCCAUGGGAGAGACCCCAGAGCACAUCCGUGCGCAUAUCGAAGGACACCCGGAUGUCGACGGCAUCGUCGUGGGCGACGAAGCUCGUCUACGUCAGAUCAUCACCAACCUCGCGAGUAAUGCGUGCAAGUUUACGCCCGCGGGGGGCAGGUUGACCAUCACCACCAAGCUGGCUCGACCCCGCUUCCUGGAGAAUGAAGAUCCGCUGGACUUCGUGUUCCCACUACCCGAAGGAAAAGCAGCCGUAACCAUGGGUGGUGGAGAACUGAAGGAGAAAAUCUCAGCUCAACGUCCCCUUUCGGCAGAUUAUCUCUCUCAACACGACUUCAACACGAGGAACGAGAAGACCCCGUUGGAAAUGAUCGUCGUAAGGAUCGAAGUUACGGACACUGGCUGUGGAAUCAGGCCAAAAGAUAUGAUGAAUAGCAAAUUGUUCUCCGCGUUCAAUCAAACGGAGCAAGGCAUCCAGCAAGGUAAACUUCCUGCUCCUUGUCCAAAUACCGGGACUCGGCUCACACGUGCUUUAGGUGGAAAGGGUACCGGUCUUGGACUCGCACUCGUUAGGCAAAUUGUGAAGCUUACGGGCGGAAGACUCGGUGUCAAGUCAAAGAUUGGGCAAGGUUCAACGUUCUGGGUGGAGCUGCCACUCGGUGUAGGAAGGAAAACGUUCCCGGCCAGUGGGCCUCCCGCCACUCUUGAGACAUCGUCACCUCCCUCGGACGCCUCAGGGAUUCUUGCGAAGGAACUUGCCAAGAGGCAAAACCAUGGGUUGUUCGAUACUCCGCUGAAUGAUCCACUGGCUGUGGCGGUUGAUACCGCAGCGUUUGCCGCAAUGAGAGCGGAGUUGGAUCCUUUGAAGGAUGCUUCUCAUUCAAAACUUGAAACAACUGGCAAUGAUAACGAACGACAUACAAAACGUUCUUCCAAGGCAACGUCACGAACGGAACGACCGAGCAACGAUCCUUCACCUUCACGAGUAGAGUCGGACGUAGCCACACCAAAAGCUCGACAUCCUCUUCAUGAAACUGAAACUAUUCCCCUCGAUGACCUCGACUUUUCCUCAUCCCCGCAUGACCAAACCCCUACCCCAGGUCAUGAUAAACCACCUUCGCGAUCCAACCGACCCAAUUACGUUCCGUUGCCGAGUCCGCCCACCUUCUCCGACACGGGGCAAUUGUUGGAAAAACAGCCUCCUACAACGACUUCGACAGUUGCAUCUUCCGCUUCCAGUUACUCUCCGUUAGCGGCUUUCGACAGCUCUUUUGCACAUUGCGGAAGUCCGUCUUCCUCAACUGCAGCGGUCAAUAUCGUCCCUGGGUUGAAUGUCCUCGUUGUUGACGAUGACCCUCUUACCCGAACCCUGAUGACACGAAUACUAACUCGAUUAGGAUGUCAAGUGACCACCGCAGAGAAUGGCGAAAUGGCCAUUGACAUCAUCAUGGGUGUGAAGGGUCUGUCGGGGUUGACGCCUUCAACCGACUCCUCCAAGCAGCUAGGACCUAUCCUGGAGCAACCGAAGAAACCGCCAGAGUUACUACCGAGUCCCGGCAGCGGAAUGAGCGAUGGGCUGGCCCCUGAUGAACACAAAUUUGCAGUGGUGUUUUUGGAUAAUCAAAUGCCGGUGAUGUCUGGAGUGCGAGCUGUUGAACGGCUCAGGCAGCUAGGACGGACUGAUUUCAUUGUUGGUGUUACUGGCAAUGCUUUGCUGAGUGACCAACAAGAAUAUCUAGAAGCUGGUGUCGAUCGCGUGUUGACAAAACCAGUGUUGGAAAGGAGUUUACGAGAGAUACUCAACGUCGCUGAAGAGCGCCGGAAAUCGUUACUGAAAGAAACUCCCACCGAUUCACCGGGGGCCCCUUCAUCUUCAUAG